AUGUAAAACCGUCCAAGUUCCAAACAUAGAUAUUAAUAAGUGUCUACUAUGGAUUCAAUCAAUCUUAAAGAAAGAUAAUUAUACCUAUCAAAUAGCAGCGUUUGUAAAUCAACUUAGCAUUUAUAAAAAUUCUAGAACUAUCAAAAGAUGCUAUCCUAAGACCUGAUUAAAUAUCAAAUUCAUAGCAAUAUAGUUAUUCUUAGUUAGACUAGAAAAUUGCUUUAUAAGCCGGCUCAUAUAGUAUAUUCAUAAUCAAAUAUUAGAUCCUAUUACUGGUGCCCUCCAAAUCAGAAAUCCAAUUAAUUAUCCAGUAGAGACAUAAUUACAAAAAAAUACACCCUAUGGUGUCCAAUAACAUUUCAAUAACUAUACUACAACCUCAGGCCAAAUUGGAUCUGGAACAAAACCUAAUGAUAUCUAAUAAUUUCAAAAGAAUUUGAAUAAGUUUUUUGCAGCAGAUGAUCCAAAUCCAGUAUAAUCAAAAUCUCAUUUAAAAUCUAAUUAUGCUUUACCUUUACUAUCAAAUCCUUAAUUUUAAAAGAAUCUUGUUAAAUUUUUUGCAGCUGAUGAUCCCUCUUAACCUCAGAGAAAAAAUAUUUUAAGAUAGAGUAAUUCUAGAUCGAUAAAUUAAUAUUCAUAAUAUCAAGAAUAAUUGUCAAAAUAUGAGAAUGAUCUAUAAUUUUAAAAAAAUUUAACUAAAUUCUUUGCUGCAGAUGAUCCAACAUAAAUAAAAAAACAUCAUUAAUAAGAUAAGUAAGAUAAGUAAGAUAAGUAUCCUAAUCCUAGUCAAUAGAGAUAUCAACCAUUUAAUGAUCCUCCUCUUGAUUCCAGAUUAGUUUAUGAUCAAAAUUUAAAUAAAUAUUUUGCUGGUGAUGAUCCCUCUUAAUAAGAUCCUAGAUUCUAAAAAAAUCUUUAGCAAUUUUUUGGAAUUGAUGCUGUAUAUCAAUAAAAUUAGAAUAUCUAAUAGUAGUAAAUAAUUUUCUUAUUAUUAUAGAAGAACUUAAGAUACCAGAAAAUAAGAAAAUAUUAAACCACCCAAAAUAAUUACAAUUACUGAUAGCAGUUCUGCAGCUAGAAAUCAAGUAGUUGGUUUCUUUAAAGCAAGAGGUGUUGAUGAUUUUGAUUAAUUUGCAAUUCCUGGAGGAGUGUUUGGGAUACUAAAUAGUCUUGUUUAAGAGGAUAGUUUAAAAUAUUACAUAAAUAUUAUGAGAAGUGCUUAUAGCAUUAAGGAAAUUUAUAUUAUUUCUGUUAUUGAUCAAAAUUGUGUAUAUUAUAUAAUCAUUAUUAAAUAGAAUGUAAAACUAUAUACAACUUUGAAAGAUAGAAGAUCACAUUAGAAUGCACUUUAAGAAUUAAAGAGUCUUUUGGAAAAUAAUCAUAAUAUUAGAGAGAAAUUUCAUGGAAUUAUAAUAGAUUAAAAAGGAGCAUCAUAAAAAGUAUUUUGA